AUGGAACUCACCAUGAGCGCGCAGCCACAUGACUUUGUCGCCUUUGCCCGCGGUGAGACGGUUACCCUGAGCUGUUCCUUACCUCAGGGCCACGAUAACUACUUCUCCUGGUUCAGGCAGGCAGUGGGGCGGCCGCCUGUGUGCAUGCUGACCAUGUACGCCCACUCACAGGAGGCCACCUUCUACGGAGAGUUCAAGAACGACUCGCGGUUCAACGCCAGGAGAAUCGGCACCAUGCUGUCCCUCACGAUUUCGAACCCCCGGCCUGAGGAUGCGGGGAUGUACUACUGUGCUGCCAGGGAUUACGACCUUAUGGUGUUUGGGGGCGGCACCUUCCUGGCGUAUGAAGGUGAGGAGACAAGAAACAGACAUUUCAUUCAGAAGCCCGUGUCUGAGCCGGUGCAGCCAGGAGACUCUGUGACUCUGCAGUGUACAAUAGACACUGAGACCUGUGCAGGAGAACACAGUGUGUACUGGUUCAGACAGGGCUCAGGAGAGUCCUCUCCAGGAAUCAUUUACGCCCAUGGAAACAGGACUGAUCAGUGUGAGAGGAGCUCUGGGACUGGAUUUCCUACACAGAGCUGUGUCUACAAGCUCCCCAAGAGGAACCUCAGCCCCCCUGAUGCUGGGACCUACUACUGUGCUGUGGCCACCUGUGGGGAGAUCCUGUUUGGAAACGGGACAUCAAUAGAAAUUCUAGGUAACCAGAUGUAA